AUGGUUGAGCCACUUUUCAACGGUAUAAAAGCACUCACUCUUCGGGUCACACUGGCUAUCAACCUUGUGGCAUACGGUCCAGGUCGUGAGUAUUUGACAGGGAACCAGAAUUUUGUGGUAUCGGUUGUGGUAAACGUAUUGACCUCUCCGAACUACUGGACUUUGAAUGGAGACCACUUUGUGGGUGAGUGUGAAAGUCAUGAUCUAGGUUUGCUAGAAGAUGUUGAUAACUACGGCCUUGAACCAUCAGCCACGCUGCAGCUAUCCUCAAACGCUGCCAAACGACAUAGUAUUCAAUGGGAUGAUGACGAUAACCCUUUUGAUGGUUUGGAUAAUGAAGGCAACGAUGAUGAUGAUGAUGAUGAUGAUGAUGAUGAUGAUGAUGAUGAUGAUGGUGAUGAUGAUGAUGAUGAUGAUGACUCGAAUGAUAAUGAUGAUGAUGCUGAUGACUCGGAUGAUGCUGAUGAUGAUGAUGACUCGAAGGAUGAUGAUGGUGAUGACGACGAUGAUGAUAUUAGCGAUAAAUCGAAUGACGAUGAUUCGGAUGAUAGCGAUUUUAAUAAUGAUAAGGAUAAUGAUAAUAAAAGAGCAACUCAUUGGUACUUGCGACUUGUCAGGAACUCAUUCCAUUACUAUCAGUCAUGUCUUUCUUUUGUGAUCAGCAAGUAUGAACCAAGUGCUUACAAACCAUGA